AUGGAAAAACUUAAUGAUUCUCAUAUAUUUUAUCCAUUGGAUUUACAAAUAUUUCAUCAACAAUACUGUGAACAACGACAACAACAUAAGAAGUCUUCAGAACCACAGUUAACUCUGGAUCAUCAAUUACAUGUUAUGGCAUUGGACGAAUUUGAUUCUAUUAUAGAAGAUCUUAAUCACGAUGUUCAACAUGAAGAUACAUCUAAAGAUGAGAAGACAAAUGACAAAGAAGCAGAAGAAGAAGAAGACGAAGAAUAUCAAAAAGCAAAAUGGAAUCAAUUGCUUAAAAGUUAUCAACAACAUCUUCAAUUAUUAGAACAAUGGAAGAAUAUUCAUACAUAA